CAGACAAAUUAAUAAAGAAAAGGAAGAUGAAGAUGAUACUUCACUGUCCAGCAGAAUUAAUAAAAGAAAAAAUAUAUCAUCAAUAAAUGAAAAUGAAGUUACAAAACAAAGAAGAAUGCGGACAAGAAGUCAGGAUCAAGAUGUUUCAUCGCAAACAAGAGAAAGUGACUCUAAUGAUUCUUUGGAUGUGUAUGUGAAUGCUGCAAAAAAAUUCAAGAAAAAUGUAGAGAAAGAAUUACUAGAUUCGAAAUCGAGGAAAAAUGAUGAUGAAGAAGAUUGUACAGCAACGACUGGUAUGCAUUCCAUUAAUGAAUUCUUUAUGUAUACUAGUACUCCAUUAUCAUCUUUUAUGGUGAAUAGUAGUAUUCUUCAGAAUGAUUUACAAAUAUUUUCUCCUAAUGUUUCAGCCAUUCAUGGAGAAACAAGUAUUAUUCAUUCCAUAUCUGAUGAAGAUAAUAUUGGUUUGUAUUUUCUUACAUCGGUUGUAAAUAUUUUUUACAUUUUUAUACUUAUUUCUUAACCGCUACAUUAAACGUAAAAACAUAACGAAAUUUUAUAAAUUCUGUUCGUAUUAUAUGGAUAAACUUCACCCGAGC